UGCAAUUGCAAUUUACCCCUCCUAACAUUUAAAAAAAUCAUUUCAAACCCACAUAUUUAUUCAAAUUCAUCUUCCGCAUUAUAUAAUUAUUAAAAUAAUAAAAAUAUCUCCUCAUCUUCCCCAUCCUCCUCUGUGACUGCAGCUUCCAUCUCGAAUCUCAGCACACUCUCCAAUGGCGGACUACGAAGGCACCACCGUCCACCAGCAGCAGCAGCAGCGGAGCACGGUGUCGAAGGAGACGGCGCUGCAAGCUCUAAACACGAUAAUCCAGCUCCACUUCGAGAAAACCCUAGAGAAGAAGCGCGCAGUCGAUCUCCAGAAGAAGCAGCUAUACAAGCUCUUCCACGUGUUCUUCAUCUUCCUGGCGCUGAUCUUCGCCGGCGAGGCUCAGUCGUCGGCGCGGCUGCAGUGCCGCCACUGCUGGGUCCCCAUCGGGCUGCUCUCCAUGGGCCACCUCAUCUUCUAUGUCUCGGUGGCGCAGACCCUCCGGUGCAUCAAUGGGUUCAAGUACCAGCGGCGGUGCCAUAAGCUGACCCUGGGGCUCGCGACGGAGCGGCUCCGCCACCUGAAGAUGCGCGGCGGCGGCGGGGCGGAGGAGAUGGGGGAGGAGCUGGAGAUCCAUUACCAGGAGCCGCCGGAGAGCUAUUUGGGGAAGUUUAAGAGGAAUUGGGCUCUGCAUUUUGGGUUCCUCAUUUUUGUCUACGCCUUCAUGGUUUCGUCCUCUGUGGUGCUUCUCUGUUUUUAAUUAAUUAAUUAAUUAAUUAAUUACCUUUUAACAUUC